UUCUAGAGCCUCCCUCCUCCCCUCCAUGGCGGGAGCGGCAGCGAGCUCUUCGUGGCUUAUCGCUUGGCCGGAUAGGUCAUCGGGCGCAUCCUUUCCCGAUUCUUCGUGCAGCUCCAGCGGCGUCUCCACGGCAUUCGUAUUGGCGGCGAGAGAAGGAUUUCUAGGGUGCUGCUCCACGUCGCAAGAGGUUUCUCUGUGUCGUGGCAGGAUUUCCUCGAGCAGGAGGAGGAAUUUCAAGUCUGGUGCUGUCACCGCCGCCGCGGCUGCUGCUACUGCUGCCAGCGUUGCUGCGGCUGUGGCUGUGGAGGAGCUCCCAAAAUCUUCUUCAUCAGAGGUUCCGGUGGAGAAUUUGGUGAUUAUCGGGUCUGGUCCCGCGGGAUACACUGCUGCGAUCUAUGCGGCUCGCGCGAAUUUGAAGCCCCUUGUGUUUGAGGGAUAUCAGGCUGGAGGAGUUCCUGGCGGCCAGCUAAUGACGACCACAGAGGUGGAGAAUUUUCCUGGAUUUCCCGAAGGCAUCUCAGGACCAGACUUGAUGGACCGGAUGCGGAAACAAGCUGAAAGAUGGGGAGCAGAACUAAGAACCGAAGACGUGGAAGUGGUGGACGUUUCGAUCAGACCAUUCACUGUGAGGAGUAGCGAGCGUGAAGUGAAAUGCCAUACGCUCAUCAUCGCUACCGGCGCAGUGGCAAAGCGGCUUGGACUGCCUAGGGAGCAUGAAUUUUGGAGUAGAGGAAUCAGUGCCUGCGCUAUAUGCGAUGGUGCCUCUCCGAUUUUCAAGGCACAGGAGCUUGCAGUGGUCGGAGGUGGGGAUACUGCAACCGAAGAGGCUCUAUACCUUACGAAAUAUGCCCGGCAUGUGCAUUUGCUAGUACGAAGAGACCAGUUGCGGGCAUCGAAAGCAAUGCAGGAUAGGGCGUUCAACAAUCCAAACAUCACGGUGCACUUCAACACGCGAGUUCUAGAUGUUGUUCCUAAUGACAAGGGACAAAUGGCGGGUGUUUUGCUAGAGGACUCGUCCAGUGGCAUUCGGAAGACCUUGCAAGUAAAAGGCCUCUUCUAUGGUAUCGGACAUCAGCCAAACAGUCAUCUUCUAGCAGGACAAGUGGAGCUGGAUGAAGCUGGUUACGUUGUCACAACGGGAAGUGGAGGCGAGACGUCAGUCGAGGGAGUGUUUGCGGCUGGUGACUUACAGGAUCACGAGUGGAGACAAGCAGUUACUGCUGCAGGCUCUGGCUGCAUGGCCGCAUUGGCUGCUGAGCGCUAUCUAGUCCGAACUAACCUUCUUAUCGAAUUCCAUCAGCCAAAACAAGAAGAAACUAAGAAGGAGCUCACAAGCGAGGAUGUCGAGAUGGGAUUCGAUAUCACUGCGACCAAGCACAAAGGCCAGUAUGCAUUGCGGAAGCUGUACCACGAAAGCCCUCGUCUCAUUGCUGUUCUCUACACAUCACCAACGUGUGGCCCUUGCAGAACACUAAAGCCAAUCUUCAACAAAGUGGUAGACGAGUUCAACAAAGAGGUCCAUCUUGUCGAGAUUGAUAUCGAAGAGGAUCCCGAGAUUGCCGAAGCAGGUGGAGUGAUGGGCACGCCGUGCAUCCAAUUCUUCAAGAACAAAGAGAAACUCACGGAAUUCGCAGGAGUGAAGAUGAAGAAGGAUUAUAGAGAGUUUAUAACGUCAAACAAGUAAGUAGCUCAUAUUUUUCGUGGAUCGAUUUUGUUCCAUCCACUGAGCCAAAUUCUCUAUCGGGGUUGUUUUAUAUAAGCGAAUAAUCAUUCACAACAACUAAAAGA